GCGGCACCCGCAGAGCGCUGAGGUUCCGGAGAAGAGCGAGGUGUGGAGGCUUCUCUGUGGCUCAAAAGAAAGCGUUCGGUCGCUUUUCUGCCCCGGACUUGCCUGGCCGGGCGGCUUUUGUUGCUCCACGGUGAUAAAGCCCCUCGGCCGUUGUUUUGUGCGUCCCCUCGCUGCCCCAGCCAUGGUGAUGUUCAAGAAGGUGAAGAGCUUCGUGGUGGCCUUCAGCGAGCCCGACAAGAUCUAUUGCAGCGGGGACAAGGUGGCUGGGCGUGUGCUGGUGGAAGUGGCCGAGGUGACCCGUGUCAGUGCCGUCAAGGUGUUGGCAUGCGGCGUGGCCAGGGUGACCUGGGCCAAGGGCCCGGCGCAGUGCCGGCAGGAGAUGGAAUACCUGCGCUUCGAGGACGUGCUGGCACUUGAGGAGCAGCCCACGGAUGAGGACGGCUCCGUCAUCCUGAGACCUGGGAACAAGUAUGAGUACAAGUUUGGCUUCGAGCUGCCCCAGGGGCCGGUGGGCACCACGUUCAAGGGGAAGUAUGGCUCCGUGGAUUACUGGGUGAAGGCAUCUCUGGAGCGUCCGGCCUGCCCCACACAGCAUGUCAAAAAACGCUUCGAGGUGAUGGAUCCUGUGGAUGUGAACACUCCGGAAUUGCUGUCUCCAGUUGCAGCCAAGAAAGAGAAGAAAGUGUCGUGUAUGUUCAUCCCAGACGGACGCGUGUCCGUCAGCGCGCAGAUUGACAGGAAGGGCUUCUGUGAAGGCGACGAGAUCUGCAUCAAUGCGGACUUCGAGAACACCUGCUCGCGCAUCGUGGUGCCCAAGGCAGCCAUCGUGGCCAAGCACACGUACCUGGCUAAUGGCCAGACCAAGGUCUUCUCGCAGAAACUCUCCUGCGUUCGUGGCAAUCACAUCAUCUCUGGCACCUCGGAAUCCUGGCGUGGCAAAACCAUCCGUGUGCGAAAGCUCAAACCCUCAAUCCUAGGCUGCAACAUUCUGCGUGUGGAGUAUUUCCUGCAGAUCUACGUCAGCGUCCCAGGCUCCAAGAAGAUCAUCCUGGAGCUGCCGCUGGUCAUUGGGAGUCGCUCGGGCAUCGGGAGCCGCAGCUCCAGCAUGGCCAGCCAGACGAGUUCUGAGAUGAGCUGGGUGGACCUGAACCUCCCAGAUGCUCCAGAGGCCCCCCCGUGCUACUUGGACAUUGUUCCUGAGGAUCACCGGCUGGAAAGCCCCACCACGCCACUCCUGGACGAUCCCGAUGGAUUCGACAGCCCCAUCUUUAUGUACGCACCAGAGUUCAAGUUCAUGCCACCCCCCACCUACACGGAGGUGAGCGUGGCACCAGCACGGGAUGGGCCGGGCGGAUCCGGGACCGCCUGCCCGGAUCCCUCACCCGCUGCCUGCCCCGUGGCCCAGGUGGAUCCCUGCAUUGCCAACAACAAUGUCCAGUGAGCACCACGCCCCGCGGUCACUGCCACUGCUCUGGACUUGGCUCCAUGUGCCACCCGUCUGCAGCACAUCUGGGCCCACACUCCUGGAGGGGAAAUGCUCCUGAGGAGCUGCUGCAUUCCCGAGGAACAGCCAUUCCAGGGCCAUCCCAGGCACCUGAACCCUGCGGAAAACCCCGGCGCUCUGAGCCGGCAGAGAACCCUCAAGGACUGGGGGGGGACAAGGUGGAUCCAGCUGGAAAAUAGCUGGAAAACCUUGGCUGUUGUGGCUGUCGGGACACACUGCCUGUCCUUGCCCUGUCGUGACAUGUGGUGACAGGCAAGGAAGUCCUGGUUUUAACUAAUUCCAUUCUAAUUCUGUGACUCUGGGUGCUGCUCUGGCUGACCUGCACUCCUGCCAAGGGAGGAGGGGAACACUGUGACAUCAUGAAUCCCUCCUGUCCUGACACAAACCCGUUACCACGACCAGCCCGUUUUGUACUCUUCGGUUUUGUACAUAGUCUUGGGGGGGUGGGGAAAAGCACAAAAAUGCAAAUUUUGUACCUUUUUGUGGCCCCUGGGGGGCAAAAUUUGUAAUAAAUGAAUGAAAUGGU